UUUAAAACCAUGCAAAAACUGCAAAUCUUUGUUUAUAUUUACCUAUUUAUGCUGCUUGUUGCUGGCCCAGUGGAUCUGAAUGAGAACAGCGAGCAGAAGGAAAAUGUGGAAAAAAAGGGGCUGUGUAAUGCAUGUUUGUGGAGACAAAACAAUAAAUCCUCAAGACUAGAAGCCAUAAAAAUCCAAAUCCUCAGUAAACUUCGCCUGGAAACAGCUCCUAACAUCAGCAAAGAUGCUAUAAGACAACUUUUGCCCAAGGCUCCUCCACUCCGGGAACUGAUUGAUCAGUACGAUGUCCAGAGAGAUGACAGCAGCGACGGCUCCUUGGAAGACGAUGACUACCACGUUACGACGGAAACGGUCAUUACCAUGCCCACGGAGUCUGAUCUUCUAGCGGAAGUGCAAGAAAAACCCAAAUGUUGCUUCUUUAAAUUUAGCUCUAAGAUACAACACAAUAAAGUAGUAAAGGCCCAACUGUGGAUAUAUCUGAGACCUGUCAAGACUCCUACAACAGUGUUUGUGCAAAUCCUGAGACUCAUCAAACCCAUGAAAGACGGUACAAGGUAUACUGGAAUCCGAUCUCUGAAACUUGACAUGAACCCAGGCACUGGUAUUUGGCAGAGCAUUGAUGUGAAGACAGUGUUGCAAAACUGGCUCAAACAACCUGAAUCCAACUUAGGCAUUGAAAUCAAAGCUUUAGAUGAGAAUGGUCAUGAUCUUGCUGUAACCUUCCCAGAACCAGGAGAAGAAGGACUGAAUCCUUUUUUAGAAGUCAAGGUAACAGACACACCAAAAAGAUCUAGGAGAGAUUUUGGGCUUGAUUGUGAUGAGCACUCCACAGAAUCUCGAUGCUGUCGUUAUCCUCUAACUGUGGAUUUUGAAGCUUUUGGAUGGGAUUGGAUUAUUGCACCCAAAAGAUAUAAGGCCAAUUACUGCUCUGGAGAAUGUGAAUUUUUAUUUUUGCAAAAGUAUCCUCAUACCCAUCUUGUGCACCAAGCAAACCCCAAAGGUUCAGCCGGCCCUUGCUGUACUCCUACAAAGAUGUCUCCAAUUAAUAUGCUAUAUUUUAAUGGCAAAGAACAAAUAAUAUAUGGGAAGAUUCCAGGCAUGGUAGUAGAUCGCUGUGGGUGCUCAUGAGAUUUAUAUUUGGUUCAUAGCUUCCUAAAACACAGAAGGUCUUCCCCUCAACAAUUUUGAAACUGUGAAAUUAUGUACCACGGGCUAUAAGCCUAGAGUAUGCUACAGUCACUUAAGCACAAGCUACAGUAUAUGAACUAAA